GCUAUCCGUUGCUUUCGUUCGCUUACCCCCGCCCUGCGGGAAGUUUCGAUUCGUCUUCAAAACCCUUUCACAAAAUGCCGCGCAUUGCUGUGGACACCGCCAGCGCCGGCCUUUUGAGUGGCGAGGUGGACAUGUCUACCGCUUCCAUUGCCCAGAUGGUGAAAGAGAAUGUUGACUUGGAGAAAACCUUUGGCGUGAGCUCUCAGUUUGCCGAGACCCUGCGUGGCGCAUAUGAAGAGCUGGCAGAUUCAACAACCCGUGGAGAUCAAGAAGAAUGUUUGCUCCACCUUUUGUGCAUAUGCUGCAUUUGUUGUUGUCACAUUAACAAUGACAUUGAUGAUGAUGUAUAUUACUCUAGCUACUUGGAAUCGCCCCAGCAGCAGUCUAUGGACUUGGAAUCGCCGCAGCAGCAGUCUAUGGGGGACUCGGUGACCCAAGCAAGGAGGCCUACAGGUUUCCACAGUUUGCUGGAUCUGUCGGCAGCCACUUCCGAAGACUUCCGUGCCUUCAUGGGCUCAAAGGAAAUGAUCAACCGCGAGAAGUUGGGAUACUUCCUCUUUGGAAGCAAGUUUGGACAGCCGGAAGCUGACCAGCUGAAGGAAUGUGUGGAACAACUGAAGGCCGCUGGACCAGACCUGAUUCACAAAGACCACCCCGAAUUUCAAGAUCUGCUGCAGAAGGCAAAAGGGAAAGACAUGAAGGCCUUUGCCCAACUACUUCGCCUCGUUGGGAGUGCAACUGUCUUGAAGCAUGGUGCUGCUGUGGCGGAGAAAGGUCUUGAUGCUAUGAAGCUGGGUAAAUGUGGCAAGGUCCUUCGCGCAGGAGAUUUGAGCUAUGAGCUCGAUGAGACAGGGCUGCACAAAUGCAGCUGGAGUUGCCCUGGUGAUGAGAUGCCAGAUAAAUUCCAAGUUGUUGCAGCCGACUUUCGAGGAGCCGAGAAGAAGAUCAAUAUGACCGUGCAGGAACUCGAGGAUACAGGCAAGAUGUUCGAAGAAGAUGCUCAGCAGGAUCCGGAGCACUUUGAAAAGUCCAAAAUCUACAAGGCCAUCAAAGGCGCGAAAUUCAAGUUCCACAAUGCCUUUUCUGAGGAUCCCUUGAAGCUCUUUCAGAUGAAGGCGCCCACUGACCUUGGCUCAGAGUAUCCCAAUGCAAUGCGCUACCAUGGCAAGUGUCGCAGCAAGGAGUUUGAACUCGCAGAGCGGGUCCUCUUCACCGGCUCCAAUCCUUCUAUCCCAACUGAUGGCAUUGUGAAGGUGGUGCGUUUGCCAGGGAAGACAUGGUUCAAGAAGACUCUCCAGAGCGACGAGGUCGAGGUGAAGUAUUUGGGUGAAAAAGUGAUUGUGAAAAGGUCGGAGUUGAAGCGCCAGAAUUUGGGCAGGGUGAAAUUGGAUGAAGACUUGCAGGACUGGAUGAAGAGUACCGGUGAUACGCUGGAGGUUGAUUUGAGCACGCCUGCCAACGACCCCAGCCGCCGGCAGAGCAAGGACACCUUUUGGUUUCCGCUUGCGCCGCCCAAGACCAAGGACGAGUGAGUGGGCAGCUAGUUCCUGUGAAGUGAGAGCGUCCCACAACUGGAAUUUCAGGGUGGGCAUGGUUCCUGUACAGGCGACUGGAAAUUGAAAAAAAAUGCCAUAAAAUGCCCCAUGGCAGUGACCAUGACAGUUUCACUGCUGGUGGAUGGUUGAACAUUGAACGUGUUGUUUGCUGCCUGCAAGUUAAAUCAUUGCCCGGAACGGGUUCGCUGGAGUUGUGUAAGUUCCGAGCAGCGGAGACAGACUUCUAGUUGACGCGGAAUUCGUUUAACGUUUCUUUUGAUGCUUUCGAAACUUGCCGACUUGACCCUUGUGUGUUGUUUUGUUCCCCACCUGCCAGAACAAAACAAAGGAGAGAGCCA